CGGGAUUUAAGUCGAGUGACUUGCGCCCGCGGCUCUUUUAUAGCCAUACCCGCAGCCCGGACCUGUCAGAAGCGGACGACACUCGCGCUGAGCGGACGAACUCAUAAAAUUGUUAUAAUAAACAAUCAUGAAGCCGCUGUGCAUAAUUUUUGUAAUCGCUAUCUCCAGCGCCAUGGCGAUGCAGAUCAGGCCUAAACGGCAGUCCACCCAGUCUGAAGACACAAACGACUUGGAAGACCGCUACGGUUGGCAGGCACAGGGCAGACCACAGUGGAACCGGUUUCCGGGACAGAACCAAUUCCCUGGACAAAACCAAUUCCCGGGACAAAACCAAUUCCCUGGACAGCAGGGCCAAUUUCCGGGACAGGGGCAGUUCCCAGGACAAGGACAAUUCCCAGGACAGGGCCAAUUUCCGGGACAAGGGCAGUUUCCGGGACAGGGACAGUUCCCUAACCAAAACCAGCAGUCGACCGUAUCUCCGAAUAGCAACACCGCAAGCCAGGACCAGUGCAUCAGCACGUGCCCCGUGACGGCGGAGUACAACCCGGUGUGCGGCACCAACAUGGUGCAAUAUGCCAACCCGGGGCGGCUGGCAUGCGCCCAAUCGUGUGGCGUCAAUGUGUCCUUGCUGAGGUCAUCGCCGUGCCCGACGACAACUACCGCUGCGCCAGCACUAGCUUAGAUGCAAUCUCGAGUACCUUAAGUUACUGACUGAAUUGAUUAAAUCGUAGUUUUCUAAA